AUCAUUUCAUAACCCUGAUAUGUCCAACCAGAAAUUGUGUUUUUUGAUGGGAAUAUAAAUAAAUAAAUUCCCGUCUAACGAAAGAAAUAAGUGAAAAAUUAACAACCAUCCGAGUGCUGCAUCUUGAGAAUCGAUACUGAUAAUGAGUGAAGAAUGAAAGGAAAAUAGAUAAAAAAGUGAAUUUAUAAAACAAGCUAAAAAUGAAAAAUACUGUGAAUUAAAAAAAAAUAAUAAUAUAUUGUUAAAAAUAAAAAUAAUGGAAGCCAAUCAAAAUAAUAUCCAUAAAUAAAAAAUGAAAUAUUAUUUCUUUAUUUUAAUUUAAUAAAUAAAUAAUUGCAAUCAUGGCCCGCCAUGUGGUCAUUUAUUUUGUCAACGGAUUAUACCCCUGAAAGACAAUGCCGUUUAGACCCCAAAAACAUUUUAGUUCCCCAAAUAGUAUUAUCCUGUUGAUGAACCAAACCAAAUAUAACGCAUUGUAUUCCCAUAACAUACCAAAUGCUUCGUUGUCCAACUCAAUAAUCAGCGAAUUUCCACGAAAAUCUAGAAAACCUUUAACACUUGAUUUUGAACAUUAUUGUCAAGGAACAGCUGCUGUUGAACGAACAGGACACAGACAGACGAUAUCAAUAAUAAAGAAAACGGAUAGACAAUUAACUGCAAGUACGAGAACUCGACAUUUCCCUGCUGUAAAGUUGUGCCCAAAACUCCAUGCAACACCCACGGAUAAUUCAACAUUAGGUGAGUUGUUUUUUUUAUUUGCCGUUUGCUGCCCAGGUCUUAGCUGCCGUUUCAGUAUUUUCUGGGUUGCUGACGACGACAACGACGACGACGAUUUGCAUUUCUUUGUGCAACAAUACGCUGUUGACUUGGCAACGCGAGUUCAGGGUUGCCAGCCACACAGUGCAUUAAACGCACCUGGCAUUGAUCAAGAUUAG